CGGUGAGUAACAGCGCUACCUUGACACUAGGUCGCUGCUGCACGGUGUGUUGCGGGUUUUACACCAAAAACUGCGUGUAAAAGAAAAAAAAAAGCGUGUUUUCGGUGCUGGUGUCUCAGCUCCCGUCAUGUCCAGCAUCCAGCAGCUCCGGGUCCUGAUCAACCAGCGGCUGGUGGCAGCGGCGGAGGAGAUCUUCGAGGCGGUGAGGAAGACCAUCGCGGGCUACGAGGAGGAGCUGCUGCUCUCCCGCCAGGAGCUGCGGAGGCACCGCGGGACGCUGAAGAUCGAGUUCAAGCCCGAACUGCACCCCGACAGAGUGGCAGCAGACCAGCCUCAACUCGCUCUGUCAGUCUGGGACGAGGACUUUCCGUCUGAUCAGCAGCUGGAGUGGAGCUCCAGUCUGGACCAGGACCAGCAGGCAGCUCCUCAGGAGAAGCAGGAGGAGAACCAGGAGGAGAACCAGCAGGCGGCUCCUCAGGAGAACCAGGAGGCGAACCAGGAGGAGAACCAGGAGAAGAACCAGAAGAAGAACCCGGAGGAGAACCAGGAGGAGCUGGAGGAGGACAGCACCAUCCGGUUCAUCUUCACACACCAGUCCAGCUCUCCCAGCGCCAAAGCCGAUGAAGGAGAACCUCUACCGAGCACCUCAGCCGAGCAGGACCAGGAGAAGACCGACGACGAUGAUGAUGAUGCCGCUUCCAUCGGUUCCUCUACAGCCAACAGCGACGAGGACUGGAGGGCCAGCAUGGAUUCCCAGAGCGAAGACAGCGACAGCAAGAGGGACAAGACGAAGAAAAAGAAAGUUCCUCGCCUGCCGAUGGUGCCGAAGCAGCUCCUGAACAAACAGAACAAAUCCCGGAUCAGCUGUAAAGUGUGCAGUAAAGCCUUCCACGCCAUCGUCUCUCUGGUGAACCACAUGGAGGUUCACUCCAAGGACGUGUGUGGCGUCUGCGGCGAACGCUUUGACGACGACGAGAGCUUCAGGAUUCACCUCAAGACUCAUGUGAAAGCAGAAAUCUGCAGCUUGUGCGGGAAAUGUUUUGGUGGCUUGAGUUCUCUGGAGACGCACAUGAGGAUCCACACGGGGGAGAAACCGUUCAACUGCAGCGAGUGUGGGAAGUCCUUCAACUGUCGCCACAAUAUGAUGCGACACAUCCGGAUACACACCGGAGAGAGACCGUACACCUGCACCGUCUGCAGGAAGUCCUUCAACGACUACUCCACUUUGAAACGCCACCUGAUGGUUCACAUUCGCAAGAUCAACCAGAACCCAAACAAUACAGACGAAAAUGACAACGAUGACAAGAAGAUCAAGGCGCCGUCACUGAAAACGACACAGUCCCGCACCAUGUGUGAAGUGUGUGGGAAAAUGUUCCACUCCCUCGUUUCUCUGGUCAAUCACGCCAAAAGUCACGCCACGGACCUCUGCGGUGUUUGUGGGACGCAUUUCGAGUCGGAGGAAAAUUUGAAACUUCAUCUGAAAACUCACAAAAAUGGGAAAGUGUGCGAAGUGUGCGGCAAGUGUUUUGACAGUCAGGGCAGCCUGGAGAUGCACAUGAGGAUCCACACGGGGGAGAAACCGUUCCUGUGCAGCGAGUGCGGGAAGUCCUUUAACUGUCGACACAACAUGACUCGACACAUCCGGACACACACGGGGGAGAAACCGUACCUCUGCAACGUCUGCGGCCGCUCAUUCAGUGACCACACCAGUCUGAAGCAACACAGCAGCACACACAGCGGAGAGAAACCGCAUCGCUGUGACGUCUGUGGAAAAGGUUUCCACCGAAAGACGUACGUCAGGCUGCACAUGAAGAGCCACACGACUAAGAAGUGAAACGUUUUUUUCUAAGUUUGGUGCAAAACUGGCAAUUUCAUCAACGCUUUUCAUGUAUCUUUGGACCUGGAGACACUUCUAGACUUCACAAUUUUGAAUGAAAACACUUGAAACACGCUGACAGGAAUCAGACAAAACAACACUGUUUUAUUCUCUGCAACAAGGAUAUAAAACAACAUCAAUUUUGUUUUGCUAUGCUGCGUUAAUUCUGAAAAACACGACAGAUUUUUACUAUUAGUUUAGACAAACUGUUGGGUUCAGCUGCAAUGAUAACUCGAUUAGCUGUCAACUCUUAGAUUAAUCGCCAACUAUUUUGAUAAUCAGUCAGGCUGAGUACUUUUUUAAGGAAAAAAAGUGCAUUCUUUGAUUUUAUCUUCUGAAAUGUGAAUAUUGUCUGGUUGCUUUAUGAUGUUAUACUGAACAUCUCUGGGUUGUCGACAAAUCAGUUCCAAUCUUCCGCUUUGGGAAACACUAAUCGUUACGUUUUUACUAUUUUCAACAACAAAUCGAGCAAAUAUUCAACAGUAAUAAUAAGCUUCAGCUGCAGAGGUGGGCGAUACAGCCAAAAUAUCAUCACAAUUAUUUAAGGCCGGAUCACGAUCUUCAUGAUUCAAGUUGAUGGUUUUGCAAGAAUCAUUCAAUCAAUCAAUCAAUUAAUUGACUGUUACAAAUGAUAACCAGUAACAUCUCAGAAGAAAAAAAUUUACUCAAUGUUCACGUAAAAUCUGUAUUUUUACAUAUAGUGCUUUCUUCUUUUUUGAUACCUGACUAUAAAGUUCUGCAGUUUUUACAAUUUUUGUUUCAGCAAACAAUAAUAUUCUGCAAAUAUUUGAGUGAAAAACUAUGCAUUUUGAGGUUUAAACAAUGGUAGUCAUUUUUAGACUGUUAUUUUACAGAUUUUCCUCACUUUAUGAAAUUUAAGAUCUGCAGUAAAAUCACAAAAUUCUUAGUUUAUGUGUUAAGCAUAAAAAAAAUAACAGGUCAAAACUGUAAAUUCAAAAAUCUGUAGGUUUGUUCUUGUUCAACGUGUUACUGUAAAACAACACAUUUGUAGUAUGUUAAAAUCAGCUGAGAUUAAUAUUUCUCAGAUGUUUGCUGGACUUCUAGUCUCCAUCCAUUACUGGGACAAUUUUUUUGUAAUUUUGUACCAGUUUUGAGUCGGCUUGAACAAGUUUUGACUAGUUUUGGACAAAUUUUGCUCAUUCUUUAGCUACAGUAGAAGCUAGCUAAGUGACUGCACAGAGAAGCUUCUAGUCUCCAUCAAUUACUGGAACAAGUUUUGGUAAUUUUAGACAAAUUCUUAGUCACUUUGACUAGUUUCUGACAGGUUUUGAUUAGCUUUGGACAGGUUUUGUCAUUUUAAGCUACAGUAGAAGCUAGCUAAGUGAUUGUGCACAUUUAUCCAAAGUGAUUUUACCUUCCUGGACUGUUUUCUGUUACAGUUGAUAAUUUAAUUCUCGGCAGCUAAAGUCAUGAUCUUUAUUAUUAUUCGAUUCAUUUUGCAGCUUUAAGUAGAAUAGAAAUAAAGGGAGCAAGAAGACAUCAGUGAGGAAAAGCAAGUUUCAGACAAUCUAAAUAGUGUAUUUAAAUUUUUAAAAAAGGCCAAGAGCCCAGAUUCUGCUCAUUUACAGGUUUAAACUUUUAUAAAGUCUACUAAAAUAUAUUUACAUGCUUUAAUGUUUAACCACAUUAUCUGAUGAUGUUUUUGUUUGUAUUGCCCGAACCCUGCUGUUAAAUAUAAAAUCUUCACUAUUUCUAAUGAUAAAAAGCUUUUUGUCCAAAGUUGAGCCAUUGUUUCUGGCUUAAAAUCAACAUUUGGAACUUGAGUGACAAGUCGACAGAAACCUUCAAACCAAUUUUUCACAUAAAUUUGAGAAUUUUUUCUACUCGUAUUUAUGUUACACUCCGUUUUUACCUGCUGUGUUCGACUAAUCACAUAAACCUUUAACUUUCAGAAGCUUUAAGUAUUGAACUGUUGGUCUUCUAGGGUUAAAUAUGCAGUUUAUCUCAUGUUUGUUACAUCCCAUGUGCUGUUUUCUCUUUAAAUUCUUCUGUACUGUUAUUCUUCACUACAAACAUUCACACAGGCACUAAGAACUCUGAUGUUGGAUGUAAAUCUGAACUCUGAAUGCAGUUUUAGUCACAUUGUGCCUGCGACAGACUUUCUGUUUUAGUUUAGCAUCACGACGGCACAUUUAAACACCAGAAGGUCUUUUUGUUUUAUAGCCAAAGACGUUACAGAGCAGCGAGUCUGACUUUCUGUUGAAGUUGUUUUAAUAAACUUCGACUUUAUGACUGA